AUGCCAAUGCAUCGUAAACAGAAAGCUCUUCUCAUGGCAAAUUAUAAACAUCAUGAAGAGUGUAUGGAGAAACGUCUGUGGGGUGUAUUUUUCGGUAUAUCGUUAGGCUGUUUCUUUGGCGGAAUAAUUAUCAUACUACUCUAUCGAAUAUUAAUACGUGUAAUUGUAUAUUUACAAAAUAAAUCAACAAUCUCCACCGCUGCUGCCCAUCAUUCUGAAAUUCACACAACACAUCCUUCCAAUGAGAAGAAAAAGAAUGAGAACUUUGAACUGAAUUCAAUCAAUAAAAAUAAUCGUUUCAGUUCAGUGACAUUAGAAAAAUACGAUCAACAAAGCAUUACUACUCUUACACCUCAUAAUAAUAAUAAUCAGUCUCUGUGUUCACGUUGUUCUCGCUGGUGGACAACCACCAUUCAACUUGCAUUUAUUAAAGGUCGUUGGUGGGCUAUCCGACUGGUCAGUUAUGAUUGGAUACCUGGACGGAUGUUCAUCGCUUUAUCAAUGAUAUUCAGUUUAACAUCAUUUAGUAUAUACGCUUAUGAAGCAACUGUAUGGCCAUUAGAAAUUGAAAAAUGCGGUCACAAGGGUAGACGCCUACGUCUACUCGAUUUUGCAAUGAAUAUCUUUUUCCUGUUGCAUUUCAUUGUACGAUUGAUUGCCUCCUCGGAUGCACUAAUCUUUUGGAUUGAAUGGUACUCAAUAUUGGAUUACUUGACUGUUCCACCGACAUUGGUUGGUUUUUUUAUUAAACGUACAUGGAUUGGUUUUCGUUUUGUACGGAUAUUUCGUUUGUGUAAUCUACCCGAAGUGUUGAACAAUUUGAAUGUGAUUAAAUCAGCGUCAAGUCUACGUAUGUGUCAAUUGUGUACCCUGUUCAUAUCGAUAUGGUUCGCCGGGGCUGGUUGCUUCCAUUUGUUUGAGAAUACUGGGAAUCUGUUUGGAUCGAGUGUGUAUAAUGUUAGCCAACCGUUGGCGUAUACAGCUUCUUUGUAUUUUACAAUUGUAACAAUGUCAACUGUUGGGUAUGGUGAUAUUGUACCGCAGACAUAUCUUGGUCGUGCUUUCAUCUCCUUAUUCAUUCUAUUCGCUUUGGCGACAUUCGCGAGUGCUAUUCCUGAAAUUGUUGAUAUGUUUUUCAAUGUUAGUAAAUAUUCUGGGGUGUAUAAGAAACGUGAGGGUAAAUCGCAUAUUGUUGUCUGUGGAGAUAUUACAACGGAUUCGGUGAGAACAUUUUUAAACGAUUUUCUACAUGAAGACAGGCAAAUAUCAGACGUGGAAGUUGUCUUUAUUAAUCGAUCGAAACCAGAUUUACAGUUGGAGAAUUUGUUGAGAUUGCAUUUUUUACGGGUGAAAUAUUUUCGGGGAACUGUAAUGGAUCAUGCAGAUUUACAACGUGUAAAAAUGGAAAGUGCUGACGCUUGUCUUAUAUUGGCUUCUGCGACAACUGUUGAUCCGCAUCAAACUGAUGCAGAGAAUAUAAUGCGUGUUAUUGCUGUGAAAAAUUUUGCCAGUCAUGUUCGAGUGAUUGUUCAACUGCUGCAAACAGAAAAUAAGGCAUAUCUAUUGAACAGUCCCUAUUGGAAUUGGGAUAGUGGUGAUGAAAUCGUUUGUUUCAGUGAAUUGAAAUUAGGCUUUUUAGCUCAAAGUUGUAUUGCUCCAGGUUUUUCAACACUUGUCACCAAUUUGUUUACAAUGCAUUCUAUACGUGGACUUAAAGAAGCCGCAAAAUUUGCCAAGAUUUAUGUGAAUCAACCAAAAGCCGCGGCUGCUGCGGUGGCGGCAAAACAACGCAGCAGCAUCAUGAAUAAUAAAUCUCCUUCUCCACAAGCGAAUGCAUUGGCUUCAACUUCCAAUAGUGUAGUUCUACGCAGACCGCCUACAUCUACAACAAAACCAUUGACUACUACUACCACUGCCGACAGUCGGCAGCAUUGUUCACAGGUUCCAUCUUUUAGUAAGGAGAAGAGAAAAUCAAGGAAAUGGUUAAGUAAACUCCCACGAAUGGUUACAUCGCUGUUUAAACCUAAGGAUAGUGGAGUCCACCACCACCACCAUCUACCAGCAACUGACUCUAGACCGAAUUCAAUGCAGUAUUCAGCACCAACAUCACCAAAACUUUGGGAUACUGAAUCGGCGAUUGGCUAUCAAAGUAGUAAUGCACUAACACUGCUAGAUUCAGAUAAUUGGGUGUAUAAUUAUCUACAAGGUGCUAGUAUGGAAAUAUAUUCAGCGAAAUUUUCAAUGGCAUUCGACGGGUUGCACUUUACUGAUGCUGCUAUCCUCUGUCGAAAGUAUUUAGACUUAUUAUUGAUUGCUGUUGUGGCUAAAAUACCAGAGAAUAAAGAUCCACAGUUGGUGAGUAGAAUAUCUGGAGAUUUCGCUUCACCCGGUGGUCAUAUCAAUGUUCGUUUGCAGGAUGAUGAUGAAGGCGGAGAAGAUGGUGAUAGUAAUGAAGAUGAAGAUGAUGACUAUGAUGAGAAUGGAGAUAACUAUGACGAUGAAGAUAUGAAUGAGAAUAAAUACUAUCUGGCUGUUUCACCGACUCUCGAUAAAAAUGUCAUUAUUAAUUAUGGUAGUGUAGGAUUUUUUAUUUGUGAUUCCCAAGAGAAUGCUAAUAAAGUCUCGUUUUAUUGUCUCACCUGUCAUGUCAAUAAUAAUGAUAAUUCAUCGCGUACACAAUAUCCUACAGCUAACAUUAAACCAUGUUCAUGUCAAUUGAAAUCACAAAAGUCAAGUUUAAAAGUUCGCGCCAGCGCGCUUUUCAAAUUGAAACGGGAUUCAUACUAUCAAUCAACAAAGUCCAACCGAAGUGAUAAAGAAGAAAUGUUGAGUAAUUUAAAUCUGUGUCCAGCAAUACCAGAAUUAGAAGAGUCUGAGAAAACACCAACCACUAAUUCUCCAAUUGCGAUGGAAAAAGAAAAUGAAGCUAUCAGUGGAGAACAAAAUCCUGUGUUACUUCGUAAGCAUGAACAAGUGAAUGAAUCCACUGCAGUUGCAGUGACUAUUAGGAAUAGAACACCGUCGCGUAGAAGCAGCCUACAGUCAGCUUAUGAUACAGAAGAACACUAUCAUGAUGCAGAAAGUGAAACACAACAACCUAGACGAGUGAGUGAUACAGAAAUCCAGUCAAGAAUGUCUGUUAUCUCACCGGCAAAUGAAUUUGAUAUUACAGGUAUGUACUACUAUUGUAAAUAUCAAAAAUUCGAGGAUAAACUAAUCACAUCAAAUUCAUCAACAAUCAAUAAAUCACAAGAUUUAUACAAUCAUAUCCUUGUAUGUAUUCUUGCCGAGCCAGAUGCACCUCUUCUUGGCUUACAUUCAUUUGUUAUGCCAUUAAGAGCCAGUAAUUAUCAUUCCUCACAACUGAGGACAAUUGUUUUUUUAGGGGAUAAAAAUUUCCUACAACGUGAAUGGUGUAAUAUUGCCAACUUCCCUAAAGUAUAUACACUCGCCGGUAGUCCAUUGUCUCGAGCAGAUUUAAGAGCAGCGCAUAUACAAUAUGCAUCAGUUUGUGUUAUAUUGAGUUCAAGAGGAACAAUUAAACUCGACGAUCCAUAUAUGCUUGACAAAGAAGUGAUACUGUGUACACUGAAUAUAAGAGCUAUGAAAUUUGCAACAUUUUCUCGAUACAGCAACAGCAACAUAUUUUCAAAAAAUAUUAAACGUCGUAGUGGUGCAGAGAUCCCAUUGAUUACUGAACUGAUGACCGAUAAUAAUAUCCACUACCUGGAUCCAGAUCAUUCAGGUGGUGUACAGAUCACUGCAUCGUUGACAGCACCAUUUGCUAGAGGUAUAGCAUUCACUAGUUCUGUUCUUGAUGUUCUUGCUAGUACUGCAUAUUUUGAUCGUAAUUCAAUGACACUGAUACGUCAUCUUGUCACUGGCGGUGUUACACCUGCUUUAGAACAAUGGUUAGCUGAAGGUGGUGGUCUGAUUGGUUUUCAUGAUUGGCAGCAGACAAAAGGUGGUGGUGGUAAACGACGUUCAGCGACGAGUAAUAAAAUUCAAAAGAAUCGAGUUUCGUUAUUAUUUUUUCCUGGCUUGUAUGAAACACGUCAACGGCCGAGGAUUGAACAAAUUCCAUUGAUUGAUCCACGUUUACUAAAGCCUUCUAAUAAUGAUGGUGAUAAUAAUAGCAAUAGCAAUAAACGUUUAUUCCGUUGUUAUGGUGAUUUAUUUUGUCAUGCUAUUAGAGAACACGGGAUUUUAUGUCUUGGCAUUUAUCGUCUCUCUUGUAAUCCACCACCGGAUUCACUAAAUCGUUUAGUCACUGUUCCAAGUUGCCUGAGACUAGAUACCUUGAAUGAAACACUGACAAAAAAACACUCCAGUCCGCCAAGCGAUAAUCAAAAAGUGUGGAAUUCAGAAUUCGGUGUACCGCCACCUCGACGUUUAAGCACUUGUGCUCUACCUGUUGACAGAAUGUUGCGUAAACAUUCAUUACAGGCGAAUCGAAAAUCUCUGAGUGUUGAAGAGAAUUCACCAGAACCAAUGAGUGAACAACAACAACAAAAGCUACAAGAUGGCGGACAGAAUGCACAACAACAACAACAAAAGCCUCGAAAUAUUUCUUCAAAGAAAAACACCCCCCUAUAUUCAUCACCGCUGACGACGACUCAUCAUCAAAAGUUUCUUCUUGAAGGCGGGGCUAGUCGUUAUGUUAUCUCUAAUCCACCGAAUCAUUUCCAGUUGUAUCGAAGUGAUUUAAUUUUUUGUCUAUGUCCGUUUGAAUGUGCAAUCCCUAUUUAA